UUCCAUUACAGUGGAAGUAACUGUUAACAUAUUCUUGUCUGAAAUUUUUGAAACAGCACUGCAGAUCCCGCAUCAGGGGUGAUACAGGCCAAGUAUUCUUAUUCUGAUACCAGUGUACUGGGCAGGCAAAUUUAGCAUGUCCAUCACAGCAUAGUGGCCUUCUCUGCCUCUUGCAUAUGGAAUUCAAAAGGCUGAUUUUCUUUCUCAGAAACUAAGGUUUUGGGGAACCCUGCAGCUCAUGGGGGCAGGAGCAGGGGUCUAGGGCUAAGCAGUAAUACCGCCUAGCCAGCCAAGGGGUGCAAAAGUAAGAAAUACUGGGAGUAGAACUCCCAGAAGCCUGGCCUAUAAAUCAGUGCUUUCUUGAAUUUCAGACAGGGAGUGUAUAUUCAUGUUGUUGAAGAUGCUCCCUAAUACAUUUUAUACUUUUUGUUAUCAUGGGCAAAUUGACAGUCAGACUUUUCUAGACUUUAGUUAAUUUACAAAAUAGCACUCUUAAGCUCUUCUUUAUGAUCACCAUGGACCAGAACACUGUUUUCUAUCUCUACGGGGACAUAAGGCUGUUCCACUUUCCCAUAAGAGCAGUAUAUAUUUGCUUGGGUGUCUUGGUUGUGUGUGUGUGUGUGUGUGUGUGUGUGUGUGUGUUUUGAGGGGAGUUGUUACUUAUAAUUGAUGGGGUACAACAUCCAGGUUCAUGAGUGUGGGAAUUUUAGGGAGGUUUGGAGUCUCAUGUCAUCUUUACUUCUAACUUCUCAAUAUCCUGCUUUUCUUCAUGCAGGGGACAUGGAGGAAGAAAGAACAACUGCUGAGUUACAGAAAAAUAGGAUACAGGACUCAGUAGUCUUUGAGGAUGUGGCUGUGAACUUUACCCAGGAGGAAUGGGCUUUGCUGGAUCUUGCUCAGAGGAACCUCUACAGAGAUGUGAUGCUGGAAAACUUCCAGAACCUGGCCUCGCUAGGGUAUCUGCUACACACACCCCAUCUGAUCUCCCAGUGGGAACAAGAGGAAGACCUGCAGACAGUGAAGAGAGAACUUAUCCAGGGCAUCUGUGUGAGAGAGCACCAGGAAGGUUUUGAGACUCAACUUAAAGCUAAUGAAUCGGUUGCCCCACCAGAUAUUUGUGGAGAGAAAAUAUCCAAUGAACAGAAAAUAGUAAGAUUCAAAAGGAAUGAUUCCUGGUUCUCCAGUUUACAUGAAAACCAAGAAUCCUGUGGUACCGAUUAUCAGAACAAAAGCCAUGAGAGGCAGUUGAGAAAUCCUAUGGUAGAAAACAUCUAUGAAUGUAGUGAAGAAAAUCAACAUGGACAGACCUUCAGCCAAGUUCCAAAUCUUAAUUCAGUCAAGAGAACAACUGAAGUAAAAUCCUGUGAAUGCCACGCGUGUGGAAAGGUCUUUGUGGAUCAUUCGUCCCUUAAGAAUCACAUCAGGUCUCAUACUGGAAGCAAACCCUAUGAGUGCAAGGAAUGUGGGAAGGCCUUCCAUUUUCUUGCUUGUUUUAAGAAGCAUAUGAAAACCCCCACUGAAGAGAAGCCCUAUGAAUGUAAGGAAUGUACCAAAGCCUUCAGUUGUUCCUCAUUCUUUAGGGCACAUAUGAAGCUUCACGUUGGAAAGACGAACUAUGAAUGUAAGGAAUGUGGAAAAGCUUUCAGUUGUUCCUCAUCGCUUACAGAACACAAAAGGAUUCAUAGUGGAGAUAAGCCUUAUGAAUGUAAGGAAUGUGGGAAGGCCUUCAGUUGUUCCUCCUCACUCUCCAAACACAAAAGGAUUCAUAGCGGAGAUAAGCCAUAUGAAUGUAAGGAAUGUGGGAAGGCCUUCAGUUCUUCCUCUCACCUUAUAAUACAUAUAAGAAUUCACACUGGAGAGAAGCCGUAUGAAUGUAAAGAGUGUGGGAAGGCCUUCAGCGAGUCCUCAAAACUCACUGUACACGUGAGAACACAUACCGGAGAGAAACCCUACAAAUGUAAGGAAUGUGGGAAAGCCUACAAUUGUCCCUCCUCCUUGAGUAUCCAUAUGAGAAAACACACUGGAGAAAAACCCUAUGAAUGUCUGGAAUGUGGAAAGGCCUUCUAUCUUCCCACUUCCCUUAAUACACAUGUGAAAAAUCAAAGUCGAGAGAAGCCCUACGAAUGUAAGGAAUGUGGGAAGGCCUUUAGUUGUCCCUCAUCCUUUAGGGCACAUGUGAGAGAUCACACUGGAAAGAUACAGUAUGAAUGUAAGGAGUGUGGGAAGACCUUUAGUCGUUCCUCGUCCCUCACCGAACACUUAAGAACUCACAGUGGAGAGAAGCCGUAUGAAUGUAAGGAAUGUGGGAAAGCCUUCAUUAGUUCCUCCCACCUUACAGUACAUAUCAGAACUCACACUGGAGAGAAACCUUAUGAAUGUAAGAAAUGUGGGAAAGCAUUUAUUUAUCCCUCAGCCCUUAGGAUCCACAUGAGAACACACACUGGGGAAAAGCCCUAUGAAUGUAAGGAAUGUGGGAAAGCAUUUCGUCAUUCUUCAUACCUUACUGUACAUGCAAGAAUGCACACUGGAGAGAAACCCUUUGAAUGUCUGGAAUGUGGGAAAGCCUUCAGUUGUCCCUCAUCCUUUCGAAGACACGUGAGAAGCCACACUGGAGAGAAACCUUAUGAAUGUAAGGAAUGUGGGAAAGCCUUUGUUUGUCCUGCCUACUUUCGAAGACAUGUGAAAACUCACACUAGAGAAAACAUACAAAUGUAAGGAAUAUGGGAAUGUCUGCAGAGCUUCAGAUCCUAGGCAACUUGUGAGGUCUCAUACUGUGGAGACACCCUAUGAAUGUUAGAAAGUAGGAAAUUGUUGCUUAUCAUUUUGAAGAUUUGAGGACACGUUAGAGAAACCCUGUGUAUGUAAAUCAUGUGCUAAAGCCUUUAUGAACAUUACUUAUUAUGUAUAAGAAAAUUCAUACUAGAAAUGAAGAUCAGUGCCUCAUCCUUUAAGUGAACAACUGGCUUGCUGAUUACCAGUGUUUUCUGAUGGGAACAUUUAAGGUGAUAAAUUUACCUUUUCAGCUCUAGCCACAUACUUUUUAUUAUGAGGUGCUUUCAUUUUGGUUCUGAUAUAAAUAUAAGUUCCGUUAUAAAGUCUUUUGGAUCCAUGGAGGAUAUGAAAUAUUUUUUUCUGUAUAGGCACCAGUGGUCUUUUUAAAAAAAGUGGUUUCUAAUUAAUGUUCAUUGUUCUUUAAGUGGGUAGUCAUUAUAAUAUUGACACUUUGGUUUUGUUGGUAUUUUGCUUUUAGUGUACAUGGCAGACAAUGGAAAUUGCCCACUCAGUAUUUUUCUUGUUCUUUUUUGCUAAAAGCCUUAAGGUUUUGAGAUGAUCAGUUUUUACUGUUAAAUGCCUUUCCUGUCUAGUGA